CACAUACACAAACACAAACACAUACACAUACACAUACACAAACACAAACACACGUCGGUGAAAUACGGUCGCUGACUAAAUACGGCGACCGCUGGCCGCAGUCUGAUGUGAAGUGGUGCGAACACACGAACACACGUUUGCUGACUUUAUCCGGCACAUUAGCUUCAUAUAUAAAAUCCUCUGAGGCUGGAAGUUUGUGUAAAACACUGUGCUCCACUGUGCAGCCACCAACAGCACACUUGUCCCUCUGCGUUGACAUAAUACCGCUCUUCCUCCCUCGCCUGCACUCUCGCAUUUUAUAGGGACAAGGUGGAGCUAAGGUGGAGCUAAGGUGGAGCUAAGGUGGAGCUAAGGUGGAGCUAAGGUGGAGCUCUCCAAGUAAACUUACUGGUGGGUGGUAACAUUCACAGUGAAAUGCGCAUGCUGCUGUCAUACUUGAACAUGGCGUGUUUUAUCGCCUAUACUUACACUAAGGGGGACCACGAAAAAAGGACUGAGUAUUCUUCUUCCACACUUUGGCGACUGGUAGGGCCUCCAGAGUCCCAAAUAUAAGUAUACAAUGAUUAAAAAGUUGAUUUUGCAGAAUAUGUCCCCUUUAAGGCGGAUGUGGGUGAAAACACGAACAGAAACACAAAUGUAAACAAAAACAGCUGAGAGCCUCCAUGCACGUUACCAUGACGAUAAAGACCCUUUUGAUUUGAUUUGAGAGACAGACAGACAGACAGACAGACAGACAGACAGAGAGAGAGAGAGUGAGACAGACAGAGAGAGAAAGACAGACAGAGAGAGAGAGAGAGAGAGAGAGAGAGAGAGAGAGAGAGAGAGUGAGACAGACAGAGCGAGCACAGGUUCGUCCUUCGCACCCGGAAGUGAGGGAGGGAAAAUACAGCGACGCAACUCCAGCAGACUACACCAUGGACCGGACUCUCCAGGACGACUUUGAGAACCAGUUCAAUGACGUGAUCUCCAGAUUUGAGUCUAAACACUUCUUCCAGUCGGACUGGGACAUCGCUUCCUUUGCAGUCUUCUUCAUCUUCAUUGGUAUGAUUCUGCUGCUGGUCGUCCUGGUGAUCAUCCGCUGCUGCUGCUGCUGCUGCUGCUGCUCCUGUGACGAUCACAAGCAGCCUCGGCGGCAGAAGGUUGGUGUGGAGAACACGGCUCUGGAGCCCUGACAGCUCAAGCUUUGCACAGAUGACUGAAGAAGAAGAAGAAGAAGAAGAAGAAGAUCGUGCCAAUCAUUAGUCUGUUAACAUGAAGAUGAAUUGUUGUUCACCUGCACCUUGUGACCCAGUGACAAAACUGUAACUCCCUGAUGUUGUUGACUGUCACCAUGUGACGGUUGUUGCUAGGAUACAGCAGAGAGAGGAUACAGCGCUUGUCCCUGUGGAUUUUAAUAGAACUUCCUGUAUGUAUUUUUUUUAAAGGGAUGCUCAUGUUUUCAUCUGAAGCUUAAAUUCAAAUCUAUAUGGAGUAAAAAUCUGUCUUUAUUCCUUCA